UUUUCAAAUAUGAGCGUCACUGCUGCGAGUACCUUACUGUAUAGUGCUCGCGCGUCGGUCAGUGUGCGGCGGGGGGUCGCAGCGAGCGCACGUGUGCGUAGCGGAGGGAAGGUGUCCACGAGACUACCACGUCAGCGUUAAGAUGGAUAUCUCAAGUGACACCCCUAAACCAAGAACUUCUGCUCGUAAGAGAACACCGGCUGGAACUUUUGUAAGCCAUGAAGAGAAAAUAUUAAACUGGCUGGAAGAGGAAAGUGACGAUGGCUUUAGUGGUAUUGAUGAUGAAGAUGGAGAUCCAAGUUUCGAGCCUGAAAUCCAACGUGAUGAAGAUGACGUAAUUUCACGUGAAGAAGAUUCAGAGUCAAUCUUGGAAGUGCAACAAGAACCUGUUGUGGAGGUUGAACGUCAACAAUCAUCAGACGAGUCACAAGAACACUACACAGGUAAAAACGGUUUUAUUUGGAGUGCACAAGAGCGUCGUGAAAAUGAGGAGAGGAACUUUUUUGUUGAAUAUGGCCAGAGACUUAGUGCUGGAUCAUAUGAAAAACCGAGUAUACCAUGAAAGAUUGCCAAGGGAGCUGCGAAUGACUAUGACUCGAGUUUUAGGCAAGGAUACGCCCCCUUCACCUCCAGUAGCUCGAUCUGUUCCACCGAGUGGCAAAAAAUUAUGUUAUAUUUGUCCAACUAAAACAAAAAGACAAACUAAAUACCGUUGCUGUGAUUGUUCGAAGCCAAUUUGCCUUCAGUGCUCUAAGCCACUGUGUGAUAAUUGUCAAACAAAGUUGUGAUUUUGAAACUCUCUAGUUUUUAAGUUGACCAACGAAUGUAUCUCAAUUUUCCUAGACUGAUUAAUGUUAUUGUGAACUUUUAAAAUGUAUAAUGUGAAAUUUGAAAAAGUUGAUUUUGUUAUUUUUGUAGGUCAUAAAUGUUUAAGAAGAAAUUUAUAGACUGAUUUGUGUUAAGUAAAUAAACCUUGUUUAAUUUUGA